AUGGCAUGUGUGACAACACCCAAGUUUUCAUUACUUCUCAAUGGAUCUUUACAUGGGUUCUUUGCAUCAAAAAGAGGACUUAGACAAGGAGAUCCCAUCUCCCCCUUAUUGUUUGUGCUUGGGUUGGAGUACUUGUCCCGAAUUAUGAGUAAGGUGGGGUCAUUACCUGGGUUCAAGUACCAUAAUAAAUGUUCAAAUCUGAAGUUGAAUCAUUUAUGUUUUGCGGACGACCUUCUUAUCUUUUGCAAUGGGGACUUUGUUUCAAUAAUGCUCAUGUUGAGAGGUUUGAAGCUAUUCUCUUCUUCUUCGGGUUUGUUUCCUAAUGCUGAGAAAACUGCUAUAUACUGUCAUGGAAUCUCUGAUGCUGUUGUAGAGAGAGUGCUGGCGGCUUCUGGUUUCACUCGAAGUUACCUGCCUUUCAGGUACCUUGGGAUACCUAUAUGUUCUAAACGAAUUUCUGCAGCAUAUUGUCAAUGCAUCGUGGAGAAGAUGACUAGUAGAAUUCGUUCAUGGAGUACUCGGAAUCUAUCUUAUAUGGGGCGAGUGACUUUGAUCAAUUCAGUCCUCAUCUCAAUGCAUUCAUAUUGGGCACAAAUAAUGAUUCUACCAAAGCAAUUGAUAAAAGAUGUUGAAGCAAUUUGUAGGGCUUUUCUUUGGAAAGGCAUCUCUGAAUCCCAUUUACCAGGAUUGAUUGCUUGGGAGUAUACUUGCGCAUCAAGGGCGGCUGGUGGAUUGGGCUUUCGGCGAUUACAUGAUUGGAAUUUAGCUGCCAUGGGUAAGUAUGUGUGGGCAAUUGCCAAAAAGAAAGAUAACCUUUUUGUCAAGUGGAUUAAUAGCGUUUAUCUGAUGGACAAGAAUUGGUGGGAUUACAAGUGUCCCUCAGAUUGUAGUUGGUACUGGAAGCGCUUAGUAGCUGUGAAGGACUGCUUUAAAGCUAAAAUCUCUGCUGAUUCAUUCUUAUCACAGAGGUAUCAUAUUCAACUUGGUGUAAAUCUGCUGGUUUCUCCUGAAGUACGAGUACCAUGGAGGAAAUUUGUUUGGGAUAGAUUUAUCACCCCCAAACAUCAUUUUAUCAUGUGGUUAGUCAUGUGGGAAUGGUUGCACACAAAGAAUCGAAUUGCUAGAUAUAAUUCUAAUAUGGAUCUGGUUUGCUUGCUGUGUGGAGCAGAGAAUGAAGACAUAGACCAUCUCUUUUUCAAGUGUACAUACAGCAAGAGGUGUUUAGAAGCUAUCAAAGGCUGGUUGCAUUGGAAUGCUCAGUCCAUCAAUCUCCACAGGCUCCUGCAUUGCAUUUAUCAUGCCAAGCAUGUGUCGAGUACAUAUAAAAGUAUAUUCUUCUCCUGUCUUGCUGCGACAGUGUACCAUCUUUGGAGAGUAAGAAAUGAUGUGCUUUGGAAUCAAAAAUUGUGGCAAGUGCAUCAUACAGUUAGUAGAAUUCAAAGAGAUUGUAAAUUUCGAUUACUUAGUAUAUUUCCUUGUAAAGCUUCUAGGAAAGACAGAGAUUUUUCUACCAGGUUGCUUUGA